AUAAGCCCUAAAUUGUGUAGGGUUUUUUGUGGGUGCUGAAAGCCAUAAUUUUAUUUCUCCACUGCCUGCCUCUGUAGUCACCCCCACCCAUCAGCCAUGGCCUUUGUUAAAGCACAAAAGUCGAGAUCAUACUUCAAGAGGUUUCAAGUCAAGUUUAAGAGAAGGAGAGAGGGUAAGACUGAUUAUCGUGCAAGGAUCCGUCUGAUCAAUCAAGACAAGAAUAAGUACAACACUCCUAAGUUCCGCUAUGUUGUGCGAUUUACGAAUAAGGAUAUUAUUGCACAAAUUGUGUCAGCUAGCAUUGCUGGUGACAUGAUUCUUGCAUCUGCUUAUGCUCAUGAGCUGCCUCAAUAUGGACUUAAAGUUGGACUUACAAACUAUGCUGCAGCUUAUUGUACUGGACUUUUGUUGGCUCGUCGAGUUUUGAAAAAGCUUGAGAUGGAUGAUGAGUAUCAGGGAAAUGUUGAGGCUACUGGUGAAGAUUUCUCGGUUGAACCAGCAGAAAGCAGGAGGCCUUUCCGUGCUCUCCUAGAUGUUGGUCUUAUCCGCACAACCACUGGCAAUCGUGUUUUUGGUGCCCUCAAGGGAGCACUUGAUGGUGGAAUCGACAUCCCUCACAGUGAUAAGAGGUUUGCUGGAUUCAACAAGGAUGGAAAGCAACUUGAUGCUGAUGUUCACCGCAAAUACAUAUACGGGGGACAUGUUGCUUCCUACAUGAGGACUUUAAUGGAAGAUGAACCCGAGAAGUAUCAGACACACUUUUCUGAAUACAUAAAGGCUGGGGUUGAACCAGACAACAUUGAAGAGAUUUACAAAAAGGUUCAUGCAGCUAUUCGUGCUGAUCCUAGCCCAAAGAAAACUAAGAAGCAGCCUCCCAAGGAGCACAAGAGAUAUAACCUGAAGAAGCUAACUUAUGAUGAGAGGAAGCAAAAGCUUAUUGAGAGGCUGAAUGCUUUGAAUGCUGCUGCUGGAGGCAAUGAUGAGGAUGAAGACGAAGACGAGUGAAGAUCUAGUUAUGGUUUUCUUGCGUGUUGGAUUAUUUAGAAAGAAGAUGAGAGUUUGGCGACUUCAGUUUUGUUGGUUUUUGUUAGUCCGGGAACAUAUGUGAUAUGUUGAAUGUUCAAUAUUUUCUUAAAUUGGCUAGUACUUUGCUUCCA